CUGACCUUAGAAGUUUCUCAGGGGGUCUAGGGGCUAUGGGGGGGCAGUUCUUGCUGGGACAUUGUAUGCAGUGGUCCUCACUGAGGUGUGUGUGUGUGUGUGUGCCCUAUACUGUGGGCACAGUACACAGGGCAUUCACAUCGGGGCUAAAUGGGUGUGGUAGCAAAUGAGAGUCCCUGGAGGUAAGGCAUCAGGGGUGGGCCUCUGCAGCUCUGGCUUCCACAUCUGGAAGAGCUCUGUGAGGUCUCUGGAUUCAGCCCUGGUUUACAGUGUCUUGCUGACGGUAGAGAAAGAGCUACUGGGGUUGAAGCAGCUGCUAGAGCCUGCAGAUCUCGGCUCCUCUGCUCCACCAGCCAGGAAUGUUCCAGCUGUGUGGAUUUGUCUGUAGGAGCAGGCAUGUGGUGUAUGUGUCUGUGCGGGAAUAUGAGGGUGGACGGUGUAUAUGUCUAGGUUGAGGAAAGUCAGCCUGUGGGAUGUGUGUGUGUGUGUGUGUGUGUGUGUAUGUGUGUGUGUGUCCAUCAUAUAUUGUGAGCACAGCACACAGGGCAUUCACAUCAGGGCUAAAUGUCAUGUAUGCACACAGAACAUGUGUUGCACACAUGUGUAAGGUCUGUAAUGCCUGUGUGGGCAGUCAUUGUGUGUUGGGUAUGAUUUUUGGCUUGUAUUUCUGUGUGUGUGUAUGCAUACCUGGAUGUAUGCUCAAGUGGGUGUAGACGUCUUCCAUGUGCAAAGGUGCAGUGCACGUGUGGAGGCACAGGCACAUUGUGUGUGCAUGUGUGCUGGGUGGCUAUACACAUGUGCUCUGUGCUGCAUGUAUACAGCUGUGUGUGGGCAGCAUCUGUGGAGGCAGCUUCUCCAUGAGCCCCCCCCCCGCCCCCCCACGCUUGUUCUGAUGAUCUGGUGCCUGUCCUGAGGGCUAUCAUAGUGCAGUGUGGGACUGAGCCUCAGGUCAUCCUGGGGUUUAUAUGGUGCUGGGCUCUGCAGUGUCUACAGGCAAUCACACUGGCAGGGUGCAAGCAUUGAGGUGUGUGGGUGUGUAGGGCUGAGUGUAGUGUUUGGUGUAUGUGUGUGUCUGUCUGCUGAGUGUGUUGCAUAGAGAAGUGUGUGUGUAUGUUGGUGUGUUGUAUGUUGAGAUGUGUGUGUUUGUGUCUUUGAAGUAUAUUUAAUCUUGUGUUCUGUUUGUAUGCAGUGUGGUACGUUUGCCCUGCAUGUCAGUUGUAGCAGGAACAUGUAUGUGCACUCUAAGCUAAACCCCCAUUUUGCUCCCAUGUUGGUGCCUGCCUUAACUGGAUCCCCAACAAAUCCUUUGUAGCCAUCGCCAGGAAGCUGGUACUCUGUGGAUCUCAGAACACACACCCAUCUCCUCGUGGUUCAUCUGAGUCUACUGGGUCUUGAGCCUCAGACACUUGCAGGUGAACAGAAGAUUCAGAGUCCACGAGGCUCAGGGCCUGGCUCUGUUGCUCUGGGCUUCAGGCUUGGCAGCUGAGCCCUCCCACCCUCAGCUGUGGGCUGGGACCAUAUCAUGCACUUUGUACUAUCAUAGGACUGCUGCGGCAGCUGCUGUCCCAAGAACCAUCCAUGCCCCUGUGCUGUUGGCUGCUCUAUUUCCACCCUUAGCCCUGACUCUAGAGCCCUCCUCGAAGCCUGCUGUUCUGCACCUCAGUGGAGGGUCCACAGGGCUUUAAACUACAGCUUCUCAACUCUCAAAUAUGCAUCCACCUGAUUUCUACGCUGACUCCUUUCUUGGCCUUCCUAUCUGAGCCCUGUCCCAGCAUCCCCCAUGCCCUAUAGACUGCCCUGAUGGCAUCUCCAGCUGCUCUUCCAGAGGACCUGGGUUCAAUUCCCAGCACCUAUAUGACAACUUACUUAUAGAUUGGAGUCUGUAACUCCAAUCCAGGGAAUGCCAUCUGAUGCCAUCUUUUGGCCUUCCCAGGCACUAGGUACACACACGAUACACAGACAUACAUUCAGUUAAAAUGCCCAUGCACAUAAAAAUAAAUAAAUAAAAAGGAAAUAAUUAAAUAAUAAAGAACAGGCACAGGUCACUUACCAAGGUCAAGGCCGGCAGGGCAUCACAGAAGACGCCAGCAAGAUGGAUGGUCCCAGCAAUGUCUCACUCGUUCACGGUGACACCACACUGGGCCUCCCAGAGUACAAAGUAGUCUCGGUCCUCCUGGUCCUCCUGGUGUGCACCGUGGGCAUCGUGGGCAAUGCCAUGGUGGUCCUGGUGGUGCUGACCUCACGUGACAUGCACACACCCACCAACUGCUACCUGGUCAGCCUGGCUCUCGCUGACCUCAUUGUGCUGCUGGCUGCGGGGCUGCCCAAUGUCUCUGACAGCCUGGUGGGGCACUGGAUCUAUGGACAUGCUGGCUGCUUGGGCAUCACCUACUUCCAGUACCUAGGCAUCAAUGUCUCCUCCUGCUCCAUCCUGGCCUUCACUGUGGAGAGGUACAUCGCCAUUUGCCACCCAAUGAGAGCACAGACCGUGUGCACUGUGGCCCGGGCCAGACGGAUCAUCGCAGGCAUUUGGGGGGUCACGUCCCUCUAUUGCUUACUCUGGUUCUUUCUGGUGGACCUCAAUGUCCGUGACAACCAGCGCCUGGAAUGUGGCUACAAGGUGUCCCGAGGCCUCUACCUGCCCAUCUACCUGCUGGACUUUGCUGUCUUCUUCAUUGCACCCUUGCUGGGGACCCUCGUGCUCUAUGGGUUCAUUGGAAGGAUCUUAUUUCAGAGCCCAUUGUCCCAGGAGGCCUGGCAGAAGGAGAGGCAGUCCCAUGGGCAGAGCGAGGGUACACCAGGCAACUGCUCUAGGUCCAAGAGCUCAAUGUCCUCCAGGAAGCAGGCCACCAGGAUGCUGGCCGUGAUUGUGUUGCUCUUUGCAGUGCUCUGGACCCCCUACCGCACACUGGUGCUGCUCAACUCCUUCCUGGCCCGGCCUUUCCUGGACCCCUGGGUCCUGCUGUUCUGCCGCACCUGCGUCUACACCAACAGUGCCAUCAACCCUGUCAUCUACAGCCUCAUGUCGCAGAAAUUCCGGGCAGCCUUCCUGAAACUGUGCUGGUGCCGGGCAGCUGGGUCCCAGAGACGUGCAGCAUGCGCCCCCACCAGCAACUACAGUGCUGCCCAGGAGACCUCCCUAGGAACUGAGAAGAUGCAACUGGGCUCCCGUGAGGUCUCAGGUCCAGCAGCAGCUGCUUCCCUGCGUUGCCAGCAUGAGCCCCACUUCAGUGUGCUCUGAGGACUCCUGCCUGGCCCCUGACUCCACUCCCCUGGUUGGCAUCUGUUCUGAGCACUGGCGGGCCAUCAGGAGAGGGGCAGGCAGCUCCUUGCUUCUGGGUCUCCAGAGAUUCCUUUACCAUGAAGAAGGACACUCGAACGCUCUCAGCUGGACCCUGGGUGGGAGGUUCUCUACUCCAAAUUGAGGCCGGUGGGAACAGAGAGGAGGCUGGAGGCCCAGCCUUCACCGUCUGUGGGAUCUACCCCCUUUAUCUGUUUUCACCAGUAUUUUAAGCAGUACCAUGUUAAGGGUAUUACUGAAGUAAUGUUCUUCUAAGCUUUGAUCGCAUCUGUCCCUUGGUGAGCCCAUGCACACAGGUCUCAAACCUGGUCACUGGACAGUGGGGGUUAUAUAGAACAGUGUCCAGCCAGUCACACCAGCACCCAAGGCUGCUCUGUGAUGUUCAGCCCCAGCUUCAGCCCUCCUUCCAGUCUUCUGUAACAGUGGGCAGCCCUGCAAGAGACUCCACCAAGCAAUCCUAUCCACCGCAGAUGUUCCUGAAGGAGAUCAUUUGUCUUUCCAACCUCCAUCAAGAAGCCACUUGACCCCGAAUGUGCAAGCCUGGCUCUCUCAACCCACUUUGCUAGCUGCUGCCCUGUAGGCUGUCUUUAGUGGAGGCGCACUGCAGACUCGAAGAUGAGAAGGCAGGGAAAGCCUUUGCAGAGAGACAGCCUCAGCUCUGUCUGCAGGACUCCUGGUUGAGCCUGAGGACGGCAGGCCUCUGAGUCCUACCCUGUAAAUGUGGUCAAUGACCCUAUCUUGGUCCUGGGACCCCAAGGCUGAGGGACUCAGUAUCAAAGACGUCUCAACAAGCAGGACAGUUCACUCUGUGACUGGAGACCUUGGGAAGGCAGAAAUUGGGGGGAUGCUUGUGGGGGUGUGUGGUUAGCCUGGGUGACUCAGCCUUCUCAAGCAGUUUCUGGCUUCCUGACUGGAUAUGGUCCUAGUGACUCAUCCCUGCACUGGGGAUGUGGGGUGCUCCAAAAUAGAUGUGGCUUUUUAGGGGC